AUGAUCGCAUCAACAUCACGCCUCACUGCAAGCGCACUGCGCCACGCAGCAACCACCGCCACUCGUCGCGCUGUCUGCAAGAACGUCUCCCUCGCCGCCCCUACGCGCACCGCUCUUGCCCCCUCCCGCGCCUCUCCUAGCCUUUCCACCGUGACCCGCACAUACGCCACGUCCACCACUCCAACAUCCUCCUCGCUCGACCCGGCCGACGAAGAAUCGCAGCGCUUCCUCGAGGAAGGCACCACGCACCUUGAGGCGGGCGACCUCGCGUCCGCCAAAAAGUCGUACGAGCGCAGUCUGUCGAUCAAACGUAACGCCUCGGCGCUGUUCAACUUGGGCGUGUGCCUGUACCACGACCGCAACCUCAAGGGAGCCAUUGAGGCGUGGAACGAGUCGCUCGAGCUCGCUCCCGAGAGCGCGGAUGCGCACACCAAUCUCGCGUCCGCCUAUGUUCUCAGCAAGCCAUCCAGGCCGGAUCUCGCCGUGUCGCAUCUCAAGACCGCGGCGGGGAUUACGCCGGAGGACCCCGAGAUCCAGUACAACUUGGCGGCGGUGCUCGAAGCAUGUGAGCAGCUGGAGGACGCGCUGACGGCGUACAAGAGGGCGUUGGAGGGCGGCAUCCAGAGGGCCGAGCAGAAUAUCCGCAAUUGCUCGGCGAAGCUGCUCAGUGCCAAAUUUGCUGUUCAGCAGCAGCAGCAGGAAGAAGAGGCGAACAAGAAGGCUGAAUAG